CACCACUUCACUUCCCAUAAUGACAAUUGUACCACCAACACCAUAAACCAAAUUCAACCAUCCAUCGCAACAAUGGCUCCCGCCGCUACAAACUCUCACAGCGAGACUGCUCGUGACAACGCAUCAGGCUUCAUCGCCUACGCGCGGAGCUCCGUGGAUCGUGUUGUUCCGCCUAAUUCUCGACAGAAAGCUUAUGACAACACUGCUUCUUUUGCUUCAUCGCGACCUAUUCUCUUUUCCUUUGUUGUAUCGCAACUUCUUCUCUCUUUCCUCCCUCUUCUAAUCUUCCUCACAUUCUCCCUGUCAACCAUCCUAUUCGCCCUUGGCGCAGCAAUCGUCUUUGCUCUUUUCUGGAUUGGCGUUGCCCUUCUUGUUCUUGUGCCAGCACUACUCGUCACUUCAUCCAUCGCCGUCCUCGUCUGGGGCUGGGCCAUUGGCAGCUUCAUCAUUGCACGAUGGCUGUACAACCAUUCACCUGUCGGAGUGCAGAACAAUGAGGUUGUGAAGAAGGAGAACGGCAAUUAGUUUUACGCCUACACCGUCUGCCAGCUUGGUAUUAGAAACGACAACUGGGAUCCUCAUGAUAUGUCUGCAUUUUGGGAUCCGUGCAUGGGUUAUGGAGGAUGUCGGGAUGGACAAUAAAGUAUCGGUUUAGUAUGGAGUCUGUUUGUCUACUGAACAGGGCCUAAUGGUAAUGGAGGCGGGAUACAGCCCGU